GUGAAGCUGACUCUUCCGAAUGAACGAAGGUUACAUUCAAAGUUGCAGCCAGAUGCCCCGCAGCUUCCGCCUUCCUCCGGAGACAGUCGCAUCCCUCUCAUCCGACAGGAGGACGCGGAGCAGGCUGUAGUGAUGGGACAGCAUCUCCCCACCAGGAGCCCCGGAGAGGACCGGGCUGUGUUCCUGCCGGACUCGAGACUGACUCUUGACAUUGUCCAGUUGAAACAGAAGGCUUGAAAAUGAUUUAACCAACCCAGAAAGCCUUGACUCAGGUUGAAUUUACGUAUGACUGAAUUAGAAGCCUCUGGGGUGGAGGAUCACCCCCCACCCUACAUAAUCUUUGUGGUGGUGUUCCUCUUCUUCCUCACUGGACUGUUUGGCUUCCUCAUCUGCCACCUGCUGAAGAAGAAGGGAUACCGCUGUCGCACUGGAGAUGUGGACGAUGCUGAGGAAGAGGAGGAGAAGCUUGGAGGAAAUGCAGAAGAUGAGGAUGAGGAGAACCAGGAUACAGUGGAGCAGAUCCUCAAAUGCAUUAUUGAAAAUGAAGCUAAUAUGGAAGCCUUCAAUGAGAUGCUGGGAAACCACAAUGUCUGUGUGCGCCAUGACCCCAGGUUGCGUAAGGAGUCCAUUGGUGGUAUUCCAUCCCAUCACCACACAGUCCACUCAGGCUCCGACCACAACUCCUGCCACCUCUGUGCCCAGGUGCGAUCUAAAAAGGGCCGACGACAAAGCCGAACCCCACGCUCCAAACAUCGACCUGGAGAGCAGACUGUCUUCUCUGUUGGCAGGUUCCGGGUGACACAUCAUGAUAAGAAGCACCAUGGAGGUCCUAAUCCAAUGGCCAGUUCAGGAGACCAGCUGGACCAAUCCCAGGACAGCGAGGAGCGGAAGGAAGGGUACAAUCUAAGAAGCAUGUUUAAGGAUGCACGACCGCCAUCAGAAAGCUCCAAUGGGGUUGCCCAAAAUGUAGGGAAACGUAGGAAGAGUGUGACCAUCUUCGGGCUGAGGCGGGGUAGCGACCCUGUUGGCAUCAAAGUAGGAGAGGGGACAGCUAGAGAGUCUGGAGGUGUUAGAUUUGCUAUUCAGAAGCAACCUGUAGUGCUGGAGGAACUGCUGCAGAGAGAGAACCCCAAGGUCACCCCUGAACAUGGCACUAAACCUGGUGUCAAACCUGAAACAGAGCCAUCAAAGAAUCAAAUAUGUGUUCCAGCCCAUCAGGAGGAUAAAACUAUAGGUGUUGUUAAUUCUCCUUCAUCCCAAACUUAUGUCAAGGCCCAUGACGCUAGCCCUGCACUUGAAAUUGGCUCUAAACCUGGGCCCAGUCUUGAACCUUGUACAAAUCUUAUGAUCAAACCUACCACUGGGAGAACAGCAGCUUUUGGUGGCAGCUCUCUUCCCAUUUCAUCUCCUGCUUCAUCUAGACAGAUUUUUAAGACGAUGGAGAAAGGAGAAGAUAUCGCGGAUAAUAUGUUAAAAAUCGAUGCUUAUGAUCCUGGGCCACUUCAGACCUCAACACCUAUUGCCCCCAUGCAUGGAUUAAUUUCAAGUUUUACUCCUGUAAGUCCUGCAGAUCAACCUGAACCAUAUUCUAGCACAGGUUUCCCAAUUACCCAAACACCACCUAACCCAAGCCCCGGCCCCGAUCUGGAGCCAGACUUUGGUGCUAGCCCAGCUUUAUUAAGCUUAGGUUCAUCCCCGCCAUCUUCAUUUCAAACCAAGACCAUAUCCUCAGUCUCUUUGCUAGGAACUCCUACUUCACCUCUAGCAGUCUCACCAAGCCCCAAUCUAAGUUCAAGAAAUACGCCAUCAGAGGCCACAAAAAGUGACUUUUCCCCUGCCCUCACUCCAAGUCCCAAAUUACCAUCAGGCAAAGCAAUGUCUAGCCAAUCCCCUGCUACAUAUUCAAGUGCUAGUCCACUGAAAGUCCGUGCUCCCUCACCUGCUCCAGUUGCUAGUCCCAAACCUGAUGCCAUGCCAGUAUCACCUCAAACUUCUUCUCCAGCUGACCAAAACCUAGCCAUCGAAAGCCCACAUCGUCUGACUUUGAAGUCAGACAGUGUGACGUCUGUAACAUCCAUGACCAAAGGGGAUAUGAUUUCAAGUCAUCUAUCUCUCAAGGAACAAGAGCUAGAAGGAGCUACAAUCCCACAGUCAGAAGGAAAAACAGAAAGAAAGACUCUCGAAAUUUCCUCCCCCACUGAUCAGCUUUCUAAGGACAGACUGAGCACUUUGCCUCUUUCCCCUUCCAGUCUUACGUCUCCCUCCUCACCCAUAGGGAACAGAGUAAGUAAUGUGACCAUCAUCAAAGCCAGCCCAGACAGCAAGCGAGAAUUUUCUGUUGUCACCAUGGUGGAGGAGGAAGAAUCAUCUACUUCAUUAAGAGAACAGAAAGGAGAGACCUCUGAACUUGGUGUGGAAACAGACAAAGAGAGAAUUAGUUCAGCAGAUAGUCAGGGAGUAAAGCUUUCUGCUUCAGGAGUAGGACCAUCUGAAAGUCAGCGUGGAGAGACCUCUGGAGCAGAGGAUAGGCCAAUGAUAUACCAAGAGAAGGAUGAUAUGGUGGAGAUGGAAGAUAUUAGAGACUGCCAAGUGCAGCAAGUGGAAUCAGCAGAUAAAUUGAAUGAGGAGUAGGAGAAUGUGAACAUUUAGUUAACAAACUAAAUGUUCACAACUGUUAUGUCUCAUUAUAAUAGUGUCUGGAGUUAAAACGGUCAUCUGAUGAUCCACAGAAAGAAGUGAUGAGGAAAGGAAAUGUAGUAAUAAUAAAACUGAGUAAUUACGAACAUGCAUUAAAUCAUUUAACUGCAGCAGUGACUAUGUUGCAUGACUGGACUGGCUGGUUAACAGAUGGGUUGGUUGCUAAUAGAAAAUACUCUCUCACUGCUAGCUUUAAAGGAGGAUUUUCACCACAAAUCACUUAAAGGCUCACCAAUUUGUUAACCAUGAUUUUGUGUUUGAGAUUUUCAAUUUUCGAUUCCUACUUUUGCAGGCAGCCAUAGGCUUCAAUUCAUUUCAGUAGAAUAUAAUAUGAUUCUGAGCCUGUGUUACUGGGAUCUUGACAUACUGCAAAACUGGGUGAUUUUGAUACAGUAAAACAUAACCCCCAAAAAGCCACUCCUAUUCAAGUGUCACUUCAGUGGUCUCAAACUGCUUCUCCGUUAUGUCUGGGAUCUAUCAGAAAUAUAAUAUGACUCAGCCAAAACAUUUUUUUUUAAAAAUAUAAUUAUAAUUUUAUGUUGUUUCACUCCAGUUUAAGUGACGCUUUCAUAUAUUCAGUUGAAAUAAAAAACACAAUUCUAUAGGGAGUUCACUUUUAUUUUGUCACAGGGAGUGCAAUUUGUUUAGUUCAUUCAUCAGAAAUGCGUCUUCAGAGCAAAGCUGUGGUUAUUUUUGGCAUUUGUUGACAGAGGUUCCAUUUUUUUAUGUAUCUGUUGUAAUAAUAGCAUUUUAAUUCAGUCUGCAGGAGUACUGAACAAUAGUAGCUGUUUGAUGAAGACUUGCAGGUGACAGGCUGCACAGCCCCAGCUUUUCAGUGAAUCUCCCUCGUUAAUGUUAUCAGCUUCCAUAUUAGUUUAAAUCUGACAUAUUGUCAAACACGCACUUUUGCUUUUGCCCACAAAUCUGAAAGUUAACUGUAACUGCUGUUACUCUGUUACAUGUCUCUGCUACUGGACCCGCUUCUGCACCAAACAUAUGCUCUUGUAAUUGUAGCUUCCCUUCUCGGACCAUUGAUGUUGGAAAAUGAUGUUGGGGGUGUCAGGCAAGUAAUGUAAUUGGUUUAAGCCAGACCACCUUGUACCAGGUAUAACAACUAUGCGUCAAGACCAAUGCAAGUUAUUUAUAAGGAAAAAAGAUUUGUAAAUAGAUAAGAAAAAUAAUUUGAAAACAUGAGCAAGACAUGCUGCCAGGUGAAAUAACGUACAUUAUUCCAUUUCUUUGUUCUGAGCAUGUUUUCAAUAAAUUAUGCUUUUUAAAAUUAAUUAAUUAAGAUUCACACUAACAGUUAAAAAUUAAUCAUAUAAAAUUGUACCAAAACUGCUGUUUGCUUUUUUGUAUUAUUAUUUUAAUAAUGAAAACAAAAACAUUUUUUGGAAAUGCAUUUUAUUGUAAUACUUGAAGACUGAAGUAGCCCUCCUAUGAGAUGACAAUACCACUGAGGGCCCCAAGCUUUUAACAGCAACAUUUACUUAUGAUCCAGAUAAAGAGAUGGAUUUUUGUCAUCACUUGCUUGUUUUGCCAUUUUUGUUAAUUUCUCAGGAGACAACGCGUGGGUCUUGAUGAAAAAAAUCUGCCGUAUUUUGGGUUUCUGAUAACAGAGAGUAAAUCUGAUCUGAUCUUAAGUUAUGGUUAGGCAGUUAUGGUUAAAAAAUUAAAGGUAUACAGAUUCACAGAGUUGAUAUCAGAUUGACUAAAUCAAAGGGGCGGAAGUAUGUGCUUUACUGAGUGCCAUUCUAGUUUUAUAUGUGACUACUUGCCUUGCUGAUUGAUAAGCUGACGUCUAGUUGUUGACUGAUUGCAUUUGAGUCUUUAACGAGAGUUGUGUGAUUUAAUUUUUUACUGAAGUGGUGUAUCGUAGGCAUUUGGACUUGUUUCCGUUAUUUAAAGUUGUUUCAUCUCCCAUCCAAGAGGCUGACAUGGACGGCACACUGGAAUGACUCUCUUUGAACAGAGGAAGUGGUCUACAACAUUACUUAUCACCCACCUACAAUGCAGUACUUAGUUAAAUCCACAGACAGCUUAACAGCCAUUCACACCUGGACUCACCUAGCCCUAGCAAACCACAAGCCAAUGACCCACAAGUGGCCCUAGACUCUGAAACUCAGAGCUCACAUGUGUCCUUAAGGACUCUAUAACAACUCUCCCACACAGAGUUUAAAAGCCUGCAGCUCCCCUCCAGUUAGUCAGAAGAAGCUUCUUGGAUUAGAGGUGAAAUAUCUUCAAGAAAGUUCAGUUGCCUACAAUAUAGCAUCAUGACAUGGAUAACUGAUAACCUUCAUCAACUUAUUGAUUCAUUGAACUUAUUGUUAUUUAAUUCAUUGAGGUACUAAGGUGUUAAGUUCUGGCAGCCUCUUAUACCAUUUAGUGCUCCUCCUGAUGUCAUUCAAAAUUAACAAUUUACAUCAAUUUAGUGAAAGUUCUUGUAAUGAUGUUUGUCCCUAUCCUAUAACAUAGUUGCUAUUGUCAUCCCACCAUGCCAACACUAACAGUUAAUUUAACCAUGGGUCAUGUGGUGUGCAAGUGCAUUUUUUAUAUUAGCACCACUGAAUACAGAACAAACAGUCACAUUGAUGUGACCAUAUAGAGUAGUCACAGCAUAUUGUUAUUGUUCUAGUGUGAUCAUGUACUUCCUCCAGUAAAAAUACUACUUUUUCUACAUACCAGUCACUCCAGUCCCAGAAUAUGUCAUAUCAGUUUCCUGGAAUUGUAAUAAUAAUGAAUAUCUUGGAAAACAUUAGCCUUUUUCUAUGUGUCUUAAUAUCCACAGCAAUUCUUUCUGCUCACAACAUUUUGUUGUCAACAUAUAUUGAAUGCUUACGAGGAAAGGGAAAAACAAUAACAAAUGAAACUGUCAAGAACAGCCAUAGACUUCCUACUAACAAGUUGUACAUACCAAGGCAUGACAGUGUAGGAGUAAUAUCUGUGAGAUAAGCUCUCAGACUACAGAGACGUGAAAUUGAAGUAAAAACUCUGCGGUCCUUAAAAGCUGUGAAACUUAAAGUUAAUGUAUUUUAAAGUAUGAUGUGUUUUUAUUCCCCUCAUUUUAUUGUACAGAUGAACUCACUAAGUUGUGACAGUUGUAUGACAGGUUACAUACUACAGAAAGAUGUACAUCUAACAUCAUCUUUCAACUUUACAGUAUUUCUCCAUGUUCUCUAAAUUUAUAACUGCUACGAUAAGAACAACAACAUCUAAAGGUGGGUCCUUUUAUGCAUGUCGUGUUUUACAUCCAUUUUGAUGAAAU